AUGGCAGAACGCCACCUCAGGCAUGUGAAGUCGAAGAUCAACUCUGUUCCAAGUUCCAACGUUGGGCUUCGGAGAACUGGGGCGAAUAUCUCUGCUUGGCUGGUGCUGUUAUUGGGUAUAUUCUUUUCUUACGACUAUCGCAGAUGGACUCGUGGAACUGGCCCUACCAACAUUGUCACCCACGAGCUCGAGAGCUACGGUGUCCGCACCUUCUCUGCCAAGGAGAUGGCCUUCAACAUCCUCGGUCUGAUGCACCCGCUCCUCUUCAGCAUUACUCGAAUCUGGGCCGACCUCAAUGGUGGAAUGGACAAGUUGCACGACUUGGCCGAUAUCACGGGCCACAUCCGGUCCGACUCGGACCUCAUGAAGAAGGGCGAGCUCCGCUGCGCUAUCACGCUCGACUACUCGGCCGAUUUCCAGGUCAUCAACGGUGUUGAGGCCGAGCGACUUCUGCAGACAGUCGAUGUUACCCCUCGUGCCAACUUCCGCUUCGACUUCCCCACUCUCGAGGCACACAACAGCUUUGCUGAUUUGUCGAAGUUGCAAGGCAGGAUCGACCUCGACAAGGUCAUGGUCAUCACUGGUUAUGGUGAAGUCGGGCCAUGGGGCAGGUCGCGGACGAGGUGGGAGAUGGAGGCGCGCGGAGAGUUCACGAUCCAAGGGUGCAUUGAGAGGGCGUGGUUGAUGGGUUACCUCAAGCACUUUGAUGGGCGUUUGAAGGAUGGCUCCUUGUAUGUGGGCUGGGCGGACGGCAAGAGUGGCGAGCCUGUUGACGACAAGGACGUCAAGGGCCGCUACCAGAAAGAUAUUCUCGAGCACGCUGAACCCGAGCUCUUCCGAGCUCUUCCGUGGCUACGACCUGCCCAAGAAGUCGAAGUCACCGAGUCCGAGGCCAAGAAGUUCAAGCUCCGACACGCUGAGAAAUGCGACAUUUGGGCCGGCGAAGGGGAUCAAGGGUUCUUCAAGCUCAAGAAGGGUGCCCUCGUCUUUGUCCCCAAGAGCUUCUACUUCAACCGCACUGUCGCUGGACAGAUUCUGACUGGUUGGCAUGCGGGUCGCUACGGAAUUCCCGAAGACAUCAUCGCUCAAGUCGAUCGUGGCUCUUUGUGGGCGCUGGUGUCAACCGCUGAAGCACUCAAUGCUUCUGGAAUCACCGACCCGUAUGAGCUCUACAAGCACAUGCACCCGUCCGAGGUCGGCACGUGUCUUGGAAGAAAGGGUGGAACUAUCAGUAUGGGCAAGAUGUUCAAGGAUCGUCGCGACGAGAGGGAUGUGCCAAACGACAUCCUGCAAGAAACAUUCAUCAACACGACCGCGGGCUGGAUCAACUUGCUCCUCAUGUCGUCCGAGUGGACCCGUCAAGAUUCCCGUCGGCGCUUGGUCAUGCAACCGCUCUGCGAAGAAGGCUCGUUCGAGUUCGCCAACAUGAAGGCCACUAGCAGCGCCGAGUCUGAGUUUGCUAUGGGUCGUGAGCCGACUGAGAUAUCGCGUCCAGCGACUACUACUCGUGCAGGGGCCCAAGGUACUGGUGUCCACAUCGUCAUGAGCGCCAAGACUGCUCUCGAGCUUAGUUGCCCGAUCCGUGGUGUCCUUACUUUCACCUCAACUUCAACCGACAAAGCUGGUCGUUCUAUUCCCGCUCCUGGUCUCGGCCCUCUCACCGUUGCCCGCGAAGUCCCCUCCCAACACCCUCUCCCUAUCCCCGACCUGGCUUAUCGCGCUCGUCAACUUGCCUUCCGCCGCAAACAGAUCUCGCAAAGGCUCACUCACGAGCACGCACAACUUCAAGAGGUUGAGCUGCUCAAAGCCCAAGGUGAUACUGUUGACGACGAGUUCUUCGGCGCUCGUGUUGCCAACAUCGAGCAGGAGGCUGCUCAACCAGAGCGAGACGCAUUCAAGUUGGCGAUGUAUGGCAUGCUUGAAGGCACUGACCCGAGAGUGUCGCCGCUUCGUCGUGCGUUGGCUGUUUGGGGUCUGACGGCGGACGAUAUUGGUGUUUUGUCGAUUCACGGAACCAGCACCAAGGCCAACGAGGAGAACGAGACCCGUAUCUGGAACGACAUCUUCACUUCCCUUGCCCGAACACCUGGCAAUGCUGUCCCGAUUAUGGCACAAAAGAGCUUGCUUGGUCACUCCAAGGGUGGAUCUGCCGCCUGGCAGAUGGCUGGUUUGCGGCAGACAGUCAACAGUGGUGUCGUUCCGGGUAACAGAAAUGCCGACAACAUCGACUCGCACUUCCGCCGCUACCUGCUCUUCCCCUCCAAGCCUGUCCACACCGAUGGCAGUCACUCCGCGCUGGUGUCAUGUCCUCAUUCGGAUUUGGCCAAGUCGGUGGUCCGCCACGAAGUUCGGGCGCAGCAGUCGCACAAGGCGAUGAGCGAGAUGAUGAUCAAGCAUUUGCUGGUCCGCGUCAAGGAGGCCCCGCCUUACUCAACUCGAUGGCGCGCACAAGUUUGGAUAUCAAGACCAACUCGUACAAGUUCACAAAGCCUUCGACCGCUGUCCCAAUUGACACCGCCAACGUCGCUGCCAUCACCGAGAGCCUCACCGCUUCUUCAACUCCCGGCGUCAUUGGAAUUGGUGUUGACCAAGAGCUCAUCUCUGCUGUACCAUCCACCAACCCGACCUUCGUCUCGCGCAACUUUACUGAUGCGGAGAUCGCUUACUGCCGAGUACAGCCCUCGCCUUCCUCCUCAUUCGCUGCUCGCUGGGCCGGCAAGGAAGCCGUGUUCAAGUCGUUGGGGCGUUGCGUCCAAGGGCGCUGGCGCGGCGAUGCAAGACAUCGAGAUUGUCAACGACGAGCAGACGGAUGCGCCCGUUGUGAGGCUCUAUGGGGAGGCGAAGGCUGCCGCGGACAAGAAGGGUGUGGGCAAGGUGAUGAUCUUGCUCAGCCACUCGGAAACAGUCGCGAUUGCGAUUGCCCAAGCCACGGCUUCAUGA